AUGUCUUCUUUUUCAUGUCCUACUUGGGCAUGCUGUUCAGACAACACUAAUGACCAUACAAAUCCAGCAGCAACACGAGCAAGCCAAAUUGCUCCUUCAUCUUCAGCUCCUCCAUUACAGCCACCGCCUUAUCCCAAACUCAUCAACCAGAAUAGCGGGGGGGAUAUGAAUGGGGAAAUGAAGCCCUACAUGAACCCCGCCUCCUCUUUUUCUUCCUUCUCCACAGUCAACAAGACCCAAACCAAGAACAAUAUAGUGGGGUCAGUACAUAGCCUAAAACAAUCGGCGACGCAUCUCACCGAAACAACCGAGGAGACCACCGAAACUACCGAGGAAGCCAUUGAAACCAAAACAAUCAUGACAACAAAGUCUGGGGCUAUCACCUCCAGUAAUGAUACUAAAGAACAAACAAAUGGAAAAAAUAACUUAAGGAAGAUUGAUAGAAAUGGGAACAAUAGUGGACAGUCUAAAAGCCCAAGUAGUCAAAGGAAAAGACGACGACGACGUGAUGCUUUAAGAAGAACGUUUUUAGGGUCAGGGAAUAGCGGUAGUUCUAACGGCCAUGAUAGCGGCAAGUUGACGGGUACAAGCAACGUUAGCGAUAGCAACAAUAGCAGUCAAGUGUUAAACUCAGCUUCUACUUACUCGGGAUCAUUUCCAACAACUGCAGCAGGUAACACGCCGUACUCGUUUGAAGACUCAGGUGUUGGAAGCUCGACAACCGGGUUCCGGAGCGUCGCUGGACGACUGGCGACUCCUAUGGUUGUAACAGCAUCAGCUACAAGAGGAACACCGUUCAGGCCAACUCGAUUGGAAUUGUCACUAGACGAUUCCGACGACGACAACGAAGCAGCAGCAGCAGCAGCAGCAGCAGUAGGUGCAGUAGGGGCAGAAGGACUUACCGGUGGGAAUACCGGGUUCCAAAUGAAGCAUUUGAAUAAUUUAGAGGUGCAGAAACCAAAGCUGCAGAGUGAAUUGGAAGGCUUUAAACGGUUUGAAACGGUAAACGAAGGCCGUUUUGUAAAAGAUGCAUCAAUGAAAGCCAACAAUAAAAACGGCCAACCGGAGCUCGGAACUAAAACCAUUGCCGAGUCGAACAGCGCUGUUGAAGACUGGCUGGACGCUCCACCGCCAUCGCCCUCGACGCAGCAGCAGCAGCAACAGCAACAGCAACAGCAACAACAGCAGCAGCAGCAGCCGUUUGUGUUGGGGGAUUUCGGAUAUGCGGAGGAGCCCAAAGAGAAAAGCCCCCCACACAAACGGACCGAUGAAGGGCCGAUUAUUCGAUCCGUAGCUGGUACAGCCGCAACUGCAACUGAAGCUAUAAAAGCAACAGCUACAAAAGCAACACCAACACUAGCAACCGUAACGGCAACAAGUUCUACAGGCAACUACAAUAGAAGCGCCCCGCCCAGUUCUUCAGGAAGUCGCCCAGCUUCAGCUGCCCGUAUGGUAGCAGUACGACCACCCUUUCUACUGACUCCAUCAUCAUCACCAUCAAUAUCAAUUUCAAUAUCUUCUACCGAUGCAAGGCCUAAUUCACGAUCCGAGGGGUUUAGAGGCGGGAAAAGGACCAUUUCGGAAAAGUGUGCAGUUGGAUCUUUAAGCAAGAACAAAAAAGGCAUGAACGGCGUAGAUGGCGUGGACUCAAGAAUGGUGGACGUGGGCAACUUUGCCAAUUUGGGACAUCACGGAAGUGGAAACAACAAGGACGUUGGCAACGCUAACAAAAAUGAAAAUGGCAGUUGUAGUGACACCAGCAGUAGUGACGAGGACGACGAAGUUAACAACAGCAGCAACAGCAGCAGUAGCAGCAGUAGCAGCAGCAGUAACAGUCAUAGUAACAGCAGCGGUACUCUCUCGGAGGCCUCGGCCAGGCACCGACGAUUCAAACACGUUGGGGCAGCAACGCGUGGAGAGCGAAAAAUUCAACAACGCUCAGUAGCCUCUCGAAUUGACACGCGCGCGGUACCGGACGUGACGGGUAAACAAGAUCUGGGGAAGUUUGAUGAUGCAGCCAGUUAUAAGGGUACGGGGAGGUUACUUAUGAAGGGCAAGAGCAGGCGCAAAAAGGCCCACCAGCUAGAUAACUUGUUUUUGGGGUUUACGAGAUCGUAUGAAGUGCUGCCGAGACCUGAAGAAGUUCAAGGAGAAGCCAUUGAGGUUGAGGACUCGUCGUGGUACGGAAAUGAAAGCCCAGCUAUUGUGUCGACUACCACGGCUAGUGCAAGCUCAGAAAGAAGGAUUUCUCGACCUGUGACUAAAGAAGAAGGUGCAUGUGCAAGUUUUGAAGAUGAGAAUAAAAAAGAAAAAGAAAAAGAAGAACAGUCAGAAACUGAAACUGAAACUGAAACUGAGUCGGUGGUGACAACGACAAGAGAAGAUCCUGGAUCUGCAGAGUAUGUUAUGGGCCCGAGCUUUGGGCCUCGCAAACGUCACAAACGACCGUCAAGUGUCAAGUCAGGAUCCACAAUUAGCACAUCCUCAUCGCUAAAGUUUUUCCAAAACAAGCGCGGAGUUGUUGGUGAGCCCGUGCUAACAUCUGGGCAAAUGCAAGAGCGGUACGAGGAUCUACGGGCUCACCGGCACCAGGAGGUUGUAGAAAGCUUUAAGGCGCACAUUGCAAACCAUGAUGCGGCUACAGAAUAUCGGCAAAAGCAUGCAGAUGAAACAACAACUCAAUACAUGCUGUACCUUCUGAACCAUUUUGGAAUUGAUUUGGAUCGAUUGGCCCAAGCGCCAGCGGAAGCUGCACCUGAUGGAGUACCUUUACGGUUACUAAAGAAUCAUGAAGAUUGGCUUGAUGAUGAUAAUGAUGAUGAUAGUGCUGGUGAGGACAAAGGCUGGGAUGGCAAACGAGGAGGACGACGAAGAAGACGAAAGAAAAAGGUAGGAGAAAAUCAAAAUACUACUCAGUCUGAAGCACUCCAGGCCUUGGUUCGAGAGUACAAGAAGGUGCAAAGGGAAAUGACAGCAACAAGAGAAGGUCAAGAUAAGAAGAAUGUGACGGGCCAAGAUCAAAAUCAAAAUCAAAAUCAAAAUCAAAAUCAAAAUCAAGAACAGCAAACGCGUCGUACGACAAUGGUUGCAGUGCGGCGCUGGAUGACGGUAGUGAUGCGGCGGAAGGGGGAUCGUUCAACAAGCAAGUCUGCAGUGGAAGCAUCCAGAGACUCUCAAAGUGGUGGUGGUGGUGGUAGCGGAGGUGGCGGUGAAGCUUAUAAAAAAGAAGGCCGUGUGGCGUCGUACCGAGAAAUUAGGGCUGCUUUUGAUGAGACUGAACGGCCAGGUCAUGGAAUUCUUGAAAGCUGGGAGUUGGAAAGUGUGAAAGCAGAAGAAAAGGAGGAAGAAGAAGAAGUAGAAGAAAAAAAAGAAGAGAAUAUUAAAAUGGAAGAAGACGGUGAUGGAGAUGAGAAGUUAAAAAAAACAAGAUUGAAGAAGGUAAUUAGACGAACUAUUUCUAAACUGUCAUUGAAAUCUCGGCCUCAAUCUUCAGCUAGUUUCUUGAAUAUGAGUUCUUUGAAAGUUGAGGAGGUUGUGGAAACUUUUGAAAGUCAAUCCAAAAAACCACAAACUGCUGGGUUAGUUUGUGAAUCAAGUCCAAGAGACUUGCCACCUACUGGUGAGACAGUUGCUUCUGUUUCUGUUGUUCCAAUUGCUACCACCACUACUAUCAAUACCCCUAUCAAUACCAAUACACGGGAACGUUCCUCUACGUUUUCUGAAACUCCACGCAACAGACUGAGCUAUUGGAAUGAUAUUCUUGAUCAAAAAGAAGGCGAGUCUGUUGAAAAUUACCCAGGGAAUGGCAAUCUUUCAAGAGUGGAGAGUGAUUCUACAUUGGCAAUACCAACACAACCAGAAGAGGUUGAAGAGCUGUUUAUAUUGGAUAACGGGGAAGAUUUCCAAACAGUAAGAAGAAUGAAUUUUGGAAGAAGUUAUGGUUACGAUGAAGACGAUGAAUAUGAAGAGGAAGAUGGCGAAGAUGACGAAGAACAAGAGGAAGAGGAAAAGGAACAAGAACAAGAACAAGAACAAGAGGAAAAGGAACAAGAACAAGAGGAAGAAGAGGAAGAAGAGAGAAAACAAGAUAAUCACGAAAUGGAGGAAGAAGUUGUGGAACAAGAAGAUAUUGAAACCCCUAACAAAAAAGAAAAGGGAGAUGAAGAUGAACAAAUUCUUGAGCUCAACUUGGACGGUGUUUUUUCAAAAUCCAGUUCCCCAAUUAUCCAGAGAGCAGUGAGCAGCGGAGAAGUUGGAAGCCCGCGUGCCAAAUGGGAAGCAUAUGUGCGGCUUGAAGAUGAAAUUCCGGAGCACUUUGAACGUAUCCAUUCUCAGCGAUCCAGCGUUGUUGUUUCAGCAGUUGAGAGGCCAACAACAGCUAUAAAGUCUCGACCAGAAAGUCGUAGAAUCUCUGGAAACUCAAUAAUGAUGAAGGGUAGACCUGGUGCUCAUAAAAGAGUAGGCAGUGUGUCGCUUCAUGGGAUUGAUAUUGUGGUGAAGGAUGAUGACAAGGUUGAAGAAAAGAAGGAAGACGAGAAAAUAAAGAAGAAAGAGAAGGAGAAAAGACAAUCUGAGGGAGAAAAAGUCGAAAGAAGGCACCGAGAUGGAGAAAAAGUUGAAAGAAGACACAGAGAUGGAGAUUCUCAUAAACAUCAUUCAUCUCGCGAUACAUCUCGACAAAAUCAUCACCAUCAUCAUGAGUCUACAAAGCAUAGUGACCACAAAAAACAGCAGUCUUCUACUCGAGAAAAGGAAAAAGAAAAGGAAAAACGCGAUACACUAAAGAAGAAGAAUAGCAUCCGAUCAAUUAUGAGUCUGGGUCGACACCGACGUGAAACAAAAGCAGAGCGUGAAAAACGUGAACAGGAAGAAGACGCUGAUCUAGAGCGGCGACGACGCGCAGUUGCUAAAAAACGGGCAGCCAAACGUGCAGCUGCAGCGGCUGCUGCUAAACAAGCAGAGGCCGAGAUGGUUGCUACGAUGCAAAUGAGCGGGGUAACUGGAGGAUGUGCUAUGCAAAGAGAAGAUGGUGGAGGAAGAGGUUUACAAGUUGAGGAACGAAGAUUACCAAUUGUUUUACAUUAUGGAGGAGAAGGCGAAGAUACUGAAGCCUUGUUUCGAGCUCAGAAUGAGCAAGCUGAGGCUAACAUUAGACGGAAACAGGAGCGGAAACUUCGAGCAAAGCAACGCGAAGAGCAACUGAAACAACAGCAGCACCAGCACCAGCACCAGCACCAGCACCAGCACCAGCACCAACAACGACAAGAACAAGAACAAUUGAGAUUGGGCCGCGAGAAACAAACUCGUGAAUAUUUUGCCAAUUUUUAG